GUUAAAAAAUAUUUGAGGGCGGGGUUUAAUCUGUUGACCCGUAUAUUUUUCCUCUUCCGCCUUGCUGUGUUUUGUGUUCAGGCAAAGAGCAGGAGGCAAGACGUGAACUCGACGGAGGACAUAACUUUGAAAAAGAUAAUUUCACUGCUGUGAAAAUCAUGUGGUUCAAACUCGCUGUAGUCGCGCUGGUGUUUCUAAGCGCCAGUUGUUCUGCCAGGCAAUCUGACCCAAAAGUGCAGGUGUAUAGCCGCAACCCUGGAGAGUAUGGGAAAGCAAACGUGCUGAUCUGCUAUGUCAGUGGCUUUCACCCCCCUGACAUCACCAUUCAGCUCCUCAAGAAUGGGGUGGAGAUCCCAGGCAGCACACAGACCGACCUGGCCUUCGAAGAGGGCUGGCAGUUCCACCUGACAAAAUAUGUUGACUUCCUGCCCCAGCCUGGAGAGGAGUACACCUGCAGAGUCCGUCACAUGUCGAGUCCCACAAAGUCCUACACGUGGGAGCCUGACAUGUGAACAUACAGGAAUUCCUGAAAACAGCAGUUCAUCCCCACUUCCAUUUUCUCCAAAACUUAAACUUAAGCAUCUGCUUUGAAUAAAUCAUGUAAUUUUGGGGAUAUCCAAUCCUGCUUCAGGAGGGCCAACAUUAUCUCCAAUCUCACACCUGCUGGGGAGUUUCUAGUAAGACCUCGAUUAGAUGGUUCAGGUGUGUUUAAUUGCAGGAUAGUUACCCUCCAGGAGCAGGAUUGGACACCCCUAAUGUAAUUUCUCAGCUUCACUGUUUAGGACGGGGUGUCUGAUCCCGUUCUUGGAAGGCCAGCUUCCUGCAGAGUCUCCAACACUAAUUAAACACAUCUGAACCAGGAUUGGACACCCCUGCUUUAGGAUAUGCUGCCUGUGCUGAUUAGAUUAGAUGACAAUAUGUUUUCCUAUCUAUUUUAAUUUCUUAAGAUUUUCUUUGACAUGUUUAGUAGGGUGACUGAUGUAUGUAAACACAUCCAUAUGCCUGCAUUAUACUGUAUAUCCUUAACAGCAAUAUCCUAUAAGGGUGUGGAAUUUCUUGCCUUAAUUUAAUCUUCACAACAUGAGCACUUGUACAACUAAAUUCCUUUUGUUUUGAAAUGUAAUUAAUUUGAAGGUGAAGUGACUUCUUAAUUUUAGUGACAUUCUCACAGUCACUUAAAAAAAAAAAAAAAAAACAUGUUUGUAAUGUUUCAACAGCCUAAAGAAAAUCUUUUGGGGAAAAAACAAAUAUUUUCCCAUAAAUAAAUCAGAUUCAUUAUAAAAUACUAUAGGCUAAAAUUAAGUAUAAUUACUUAAAAGAGUAAAAAUGUGAAAAAGCUUUAGAAAUUGAAGCUAGCUUUCUGUUCAUGAUGAAUGAACAUUUGACUGUAUAAUUCAUAAUGUUUUGUUAUUCGGAUCAAUAAAAAAAUUUUUUUCUCCUUAA